AUGCAGAAAACUGACUCCAUUUCACAGCUCCGUCCUUCUCAGUUGGCACAAGUUCUACAGAGCUCAGGGAACAUCAAUAAUACAGACACAGUCAGGCUCGUAUUUGACCGGCUCGAGCAGAACGAUGGCUUUGAAAAUGUGGAGGUUUUGCUCACUGAACUCACAGACAAUGCACCGAAUAUUGUGAUUGAGUCCAGUGCAAGAGAUCUCGCAAUGAAUCGGACCUUUGACCUCAUCGCGCCCCGUCUUCCAAGCUUCAGUGAAAAUGAGUGGAACCGGUGGUUCCUCGAUUUGCUAAGACCUUGUCUGGCAAGCUUCAACCCGUUGAUGCUCAUGAAUGUAACGUCGUUCAUAAACUGCACAAACUAUCGUGCUGUUGUGAAGGGGCUGAGCCAUGUUUACUCCACAACACCUCCGGAAAGACAAAGAGCAAAUGCUGCAGUUUUGCUCAACUUCUUGAAGGAUUCUGCUAGUGAAUUCAACACACCAGCUUGCAGGAAAGGAAUUCAGAACGAUGCAGAAUUUCUUGAGAAAAACCUGGGCUCAUUUGUAGAGCAGGCUACCUUCACAGACCUGGAAGCUUUCAACAUCUCCAUCACUGGUGCCAUUUCACAGCUCCGUCCUUCUCAGUUGGCACAAGUUCUACAGAGCUCAGGGAACAUCAAUAAUACAGACACAGUCAGGCUCGUAUUUGACCGGCUCGAGCAGGGCAAUGGCUUUGAAAAUGUGGAGGUUUUGCUCACUGAACUCACAAAAAAUGCACCGAAUAUUGUGAUUGAAUCCAGUGCAAGAGAUCUCGCAAUGAAUCGGACCUUUGACCUCAUCGCGCCCCGUCUUCCAAGCUUCAGUGAAAAUGAGUGGAACCUGUGGUUCCUCGAUUUGCUAAGACCUUGUCUGGCAAGCUUCAACCCGUUGAUGCUCAUGAAUGUAACGUCGUUCAUAAACUGCACAAACUAUCGUGCUGUUGUGAAGGGGCUGAGCCAUGUUUACUCCACAACACCUCCGGAAAGACAAAGAGCAAAUGCUGCAGUUUUGCUCAACUUCUUGAAGGAGUCUGCCGGUGAAUUCAACACACCAGCUUGCAGGAAAGGAAUUCAGAACGAUGCAGAAUUUCUUGAGAAAAACCUGGGCUCAUUUGUAGAGCAGGCUACCUUCACAGACCUGGAAGCUUUCAACAUCUCCAUCACUGGUGCCAUUUCACAGCUCCGUCCUUCUCAGUUGGCACAAGUUCUACAGAGCUCAGGGAACAUCAAUAAUACAGACACAGUCAGGCUCGUAUUUGACCGGCUCGAGCAGGGCAAUGGCUUUGAAAAUGUGGAGGUUUUGCUCACUGAACUCACAAAAAAUGCACCGAAUAUUGUGAUUGAAUCCAGUGCAAGAGAUCUCGCAAUGAAUCGGACCUUUGACCUCAUCGCGCCCCGUCUGCCAAGCUUCAGUGAAAAUGAGUGGAACCGGUGGUUCCUCGAUUUGCUAAGACCUUGUCUGGCAAGCUUCAACCCGUUGAUGCUCAUGAAUGUAACAUCGUUCAUAAACUGCACAAACUAUCGUGCUGUUGUGAAGGGGCUGAGCCAUGUUUACUCCACAACACCUCCGGAAAGACAAAGAGCAAAUGCUGCAGUUUUGCUCAACUUCUUGAAGGAUUCUGCCGGUGAAUUCAACACACCAGCUUGCAGGAAAGGAAUUCAGAACGAUGCAGAAUUUCUUGAGAAAAACCUGGGCUCAUUUGUAGAGCAGGCUACCUUCACAGACCUGGAAGCUUUCAACAUCUCCAUCACUGGUGCCAUUUCACAGCUCCGUCCUUCUCAGUUGGCACAAGUUCUACAGAGCUCAGGGAACAUCAAUAAUACAGACACAGUCAGGCUCGUAUUUGACCGGCUCGAGCAGGGCGAUGGCUUUGAAAAUGUGGAGGUUUUGCUCACUGAACUCACAAAAAAUGCACCGAAUAUUGUGAUUGAAUCCAGUGCAAGAGAUCUCGCAAUGAAUCGGACCUUUGACCUCAUCGCGCCCCGUCUUCCAAGCUUCAGUGAAAAUGAGUGGAACCGGUGGUUCCUCGAUUUGCUAAGACCUUGUCUGGCAAGCUUCAACCCGUUGAUGCUCAUGAAUGUAACGUCGUUCAUAAACUGCACAAACUAUCGUGCUGUUGUGAGGGGGCUGAGCCAUGUUUACUCCACAACACCUCCGGAAAGACAAAGAGCAAAUGCUGCCGUUUUGCUCAACUUCUUGAAGGAUUCUGCCGGAGAAUUCAACACACCAGCUUGCAGGAAAGGAAUUCAGAACGAUGCAGAAUUUCUUGAGAAAAACCUGGGCUCAUUUGUAGAGCAGGCUACCUUCACAGACCUGAAAGCUUUCAACGUCUCCAUCAUGGAAGUUCUGGACCGUCUCACACCGCAGCAAAAGGCUGAGUUACUUGUGGAUCCAGACACUGGUGCUUUGGAGAAUGAGACCUUCAUAAAGGUGGUGUGCAACACGUUCUUGGAUUCCUCAGACACUGACCCGCUCAGUCAGUUCAUCCAGGCCUUUUUCAGACAAAUCCCCAGGAACGCUGACUGUCCAUCAUACACUGCCAUAGUCAAUGGUCUUCAGCAGUGCUUCAAAUUGAAUCUUCCAGAGAGUGUGAAAUCAAGCAUAGGAAGCCUCCAAAUGAAAUUCCUACGUUGUCGCAUUACAGGUUCUCUGAGGUGCAACAACACAGCAGUUAAUGUGAGUCAUAUCUGUGCUGACGUCAGCGGGUCACAACAAAUCCAAUCUGGUGGCAACUUGACAGAAGCCCUGUGCAAUAUUUCCAUCACUGCACACGCCUGUUCCUCAGCUACACAUCUCACACCCAGCAACGUUGCGACACUGUUGAACUGUUCGCUGCAAAGCCAAAUGACAUACUCCCCAGAGGUCUGGAAGCUUUUCAUCCGAGAAGCUUCUCCUGUGCUGGAUGAGGCUCUUACCAUGUACUCUGCUAUGGCUCCCAACACCAGCAGUCAGUCCUUGACCCCCAUUCUUGAGGCUGUUGGAGAGGUGAUAAUUGCCAACUUCAGCCAGAUGCAAGUGCAAGAUGAUGCCUUUGUCAAGAGAUGGUUUGAGACAAACCUUCAUCCAUUUUUGGCUGCUUCAUCACCCAACUUCCUGUUUUGUCUCAGCUCGACAAACUUCAGCUGCCAAACGUACCACACUGUCAUCCGGGCAUUCAGCAGAGUCCAACCAUCCAUGAAGAGAGAGACACAGAAAUCAGUCUUGACUCAUUUCAUCCAGCCGUUCCUUGUGAAAAAUGACUCAUCAGAUCCUGGCUGUGUCUCAGCCAGCAGUGGUACUAAAGAGUGGCUCCAGGAUAACUUUGGUAGCUUCUCUGAAUUUGCAGAUCUGCAGGAUUUGCAAACCCUCAAUCCCAAUUUUUCUGUUACUGACUCCAUUUCACAGCUCCGUCCUUCUCAGUUGGCACAAGUUCUACAGAGCUCAGGGAACAUCAAUAAUACAGACACAGUCAGGCUCGUAUUUGACCGGCUCGAGCAGGCCGAUGGCUUUGAAAAUGUGGAGGUUUUGCUCACUGAACUCACAGACAAUGCACCGAAUAUUGUGAUUGAGUCCAGUGCAAGAGAUCUCGCAAUGAAUCGGACCUUUGACCUCAUCGCGCCCCGUCUUCCAAGCUUCAGUGAAAAUGAGUGGAACCGGUGGUUCCUCGAUUUGCUAAGACCUUGUCUGGCAAGCUUCAACCCGUUGAUGCUCAUGAAUGUAACGUCGUUCAUAAACUGCACAAACUAUCGUGCUGUUGUGAAGGGGCUGAGCCAUGUUUACUCCACAACACCUCCGGAAAGACAAAGAGCAAAUGCUGCAGUUUUGCUCAACUUCUUGAAGGAUUCUGCCGGUGAAUUCAACACACCAGCUUGCAGGAAAGGAAUUCAGAACGAUGCAGAAUUUCUUGAGAAAAACCUGGGCUCAUUUGUAGAGCAGGCUACCUUCACAGACCUGGAAGCUUUCAACAUCUCCAUCACUGGUGCCAUUUCACAACUCCGUCCUUCUCAGUUGGCACAAGUUCUACAGAGCUCAGGGAACAUCAAUAAUACAGACACAGUCAGGCUCGUAUUUGACCGGCUCAAGCAGGGCAAUGGCUUUGAAAAUGUGGAGGUUUUGCUCACUGAACUCACAAAAAAUGCACCGAAUAUUGUGAUUGAAUCCAGUACAAGAGAUCUCGCAAUGAAUCGGACCUUUGACCUCAUCGCGCCCCGUCUUCCAAGCUUCAGUGAAAAUGAGUGGAACCGGUGGUUCCUCGAUUUGCUAAGACCUUGUCUGGCAAGCUUCAACCCGUUGAUGCUCAUGAAUGUAACGUUGUUCAUAAACUGCACAAACUAUCGUGCUGUUGUGAAGGGGCUGAGCCAUGUUUACUCCACAACACCUCCGGAAAGACAAAGAGCAAAUGCUGCAGUUUUGCUCAACUUCUUGAAGGAUUCUGCCAGUGAAUUCAACACACCAGCUUGCAGGAAAGGAAUUCAGAACGAUGCAGAAUUUCUUGAGAAAAACCUGGGCUCAUUUGUAGAGCAGGCUACCUUCACAGACCUGGAAGCUUUCAACAUCUCCAUCACUGGUGCCAUUUCACAGCUCCGUCCUUCUCAGUUGGCACAAGUUCUACAGAGCUCAGGGAACAUAAAUAAUACAGACACAGUCAGGCUCGUAUUUGACCGGCUCGAGCAGGGCAAUGGCUUUGAAAAUGUGGAGGUUUUGCUCACUGAACUCACAAAAAAUGCACCGAAUAUUGUGAUUGAGUCCAGUGCAAGAGAUCUCGCAAUGAAUCGGACCUUUGACCUCAUCGCGCCCCGUCUUCCAAGCUUCAGUGAAAAUGAGUGGAACCGGUGGUUCCUCGAUUUGCUAAGACCUUGUCUGGCAAGCUUCAACCCGUUGAUGCUCAUGAAUGUAACGUCGUUCAUAAACUGCACAAACUAUCGUGCUGUUGUGAAGGGGCUGAGCCAUGUUUACUCCACAACACCUCCGGAAAGACAAAGAGCAAAUGCUGCAGUUUUGCUCAACUUCUUGAAGGAUUCUGCCGGUGAAUUCAACACACCAGCUUGCAGGAAAGGAAUUCAGAACGAUGCAGAAUUUCUUGAGAAAAACCUGGGCUCAUUUGUAGAGCAGGCUACCUUCACAGACCUGGAAGCUUUCAACAUCUCCAUCACUGGUGCCAUUUCACAACUCCGUCCUUCUCAGUUGGCACAAGUUCUACAGAGCUCAGGGAACAUCAAUAAUACAGACACAGUCAGGCUCGUAUUUGACCGGCUCAAGCAGGGCAAUGGCUUUGAAAAUGUGGAGGUUUUGCUCACUGAACUCACAAAAAAUGCACCGAAUAUUGUGAUUGAAUCCAGUACAAGAGAUCUCGCAAUGAAUCGGACCUUUGACCUCAUCGCGCCCCGUCUUCCAAGCUUCAGUGAAAAUGAGUGGAACCGGUGGUUCCUCGAUUUGCUAAGACCUUGUCUGGCAAGCUUCAACCCGUUGAUGCUCAUGAAUGUAACGUUGUUCAUAAACUGCACAAACUAUCGUGCUGUUGUGAAGGGGCUGAGCCAUGUUUACUCCACAACACCUCCGGAAAGACAAAGAGCAAAUGCUGCAGUUUUGCUCAACUUCUUGAAGGAUUCUGCCAGUGAAUUCAACACACCAGCUUGCAGGAAAGGAAUUCAGAACGAUGCAGAAUUUCUUGAGAAAAACCUGGGCUCAUUUGUAGAGCAGGCUACCUUCACAGACCUGGAAGCUUUCAACAUCUCCAUCACUGGUGCCAUUUCACAGCUCCGUCCUUCUCAGUUGGCACAAGUUCUACAGAGCUCAGGGAACAUAAAUAAUACAGACACAGUCAGGCUCGUAUUUGACCGGCUCGAGCAGGGCAAUGGCUUUGAAAAUGUGGAGGUUUUGCUCACUGAACUCACAAAAAAUGCACCGAAUAUUGUGAUUGAAUCCAGUGCAAGAGAUCUCGCAAUGAAUCGGACCUUUGACCUCAUCGCGCCCCGUCUUCCAAGCUUCAGUGAAAAUGAGUGGAACCGGUGGUUCCUCGAUUUGCUAAGACCUUGUCUGGCAAGCUUCAACCCGUUGAUGCUCAUGAAUGUAACGUCGUUCAUAAACUGCACAAACUAUCGUGCUGUUGUGAAGGGGCUGAGCCAUGUUUACUCCACAACACCUCCGGAAAGACAAAGAGCAAAUGCUGCAGUUUUGCUCAACUUCUUGAAGGAUUCUGCCAGUGAAUUCAACACACCAGCUUGCAGAAAAGGAAUUCAGAAUGAUGCACAAUUUCUUGAGAUAAACCUGGGCUCAUUUGUCGAGCAGGCUACCUUCACAGAGCUGAAUGCUUUCAACCUCUCCACA